AUGUCAAGCUUGUUCCAAGAGCCAAUUAUAGUUGUACAAAACCCACAGGUGCAACAUACUAGAGGACAUCCAGUUGGUGCAAGAAAUGCCCAAUCAUCUACUCAAAGAGACCCAUCUAUCUUUGAGUUAGAUGAUUCAGGAAGAU